AUGCAGCAGCGUUACACCCAGGCCCUAGAGGGCCUGGGCGCCAUGGUCCAGGAGGUCCAAGCCGACCUGCAGCAGGCAGCGGCGGAUGCAGAGUACUGGCGCGGGGAGGCGGACACCUUCCGCCGCAAGUACGACGAGGAGAAGGCGCGCAACGAGCGGCUGCGCAAGGUGUUGGCAGUCCUGCAGGCGCCGCCCGCCGCCGCAGGCCUGUGCCCCUCUCUCGGCCCCUGCGCCGCCCGCGGCAGCGGCAGCGGCGGGGGCGGCGGCGGCUGCGCGCUCCGCUCGUCAUACUCUGCGACCCCCUUCCGGCGCAACCGCACGGGCAGCCUGGAGCUCGCGAGCGCCGGCAGCGCCGACAGCUGCGCCGACGAGGCGCCGCGCGCCGCCGGGGCCGGCGGCAGCAACAGCCACGACGGCGCGGUCGGCCGCGGCGCCGCGCCGCCGCCGCUGCUGUCGCCGCAGGGGUCGGCGCCGGUGCUCGGGGGGCUGCAGCGGGCGUGUACGCCGCCGAGGGUGUCGGCGGCGUCGGCGCUGCGGGUCGGCAGCAUGGCGGGCAGCCUGGCGAGUGCCCUAGGGUCCAUGGACAGCCCGAGGAGGCGGCGGCAGACCAUUGAGAGCCUUAUGUCCAUGAUGAUGGCCUACACAGUGGCCCAGGGCGUGGCGGAUGUUCAGGAUGAUGCGGAGGAGCCCCUGUCAUCCAUAUCCAUCGAUGACGACCAGGGCAGCAGCGGCGUCGGCCUGGCCGCGGCAGCGGCGGCCGCGGCGGCGAUGGCGCGGGCGUGGGCGCGGGCGGCGUCGAAGGAGCAGCGGGAUGCAAACGGGGCGGCCAGCAGCAGCGGCGGUGCGGCGGCAGGGGUGGGGGGUGGCAAGGCGGGGUUCAGGCUGGUGGCCACGGCGACCAACAAGAUGGGCAAGCGCCGCCAGUCGCAGGCCAACCUGUCUAUCAGCGCUUCUCCCAGCCAAGACUCUUUAUUGGAAGGCGGCAGCCCCUACAACUCAUCGGCGUCGCUCUUGGCAGCUGCCGAGGCGGGCGGCCCCGGCGCCAACGGCAGCCUCGGCGCGCCGCAGGUGAACGGCGCGACGCUGCUCGCUCUGGGGGGCAAGGACGACGCGGCGCCGCUGCUGCCCGCGUUGACGACGGGGGCCCCAGGGGGGCUGAGCAUGCUCUUCUCAGAGGGAUCCGGAUCGGCGUUUGGCGGCGCCGGCCCUUCCCCCCUCGGCUCGCGCCCGUCGGCGCUGCCGCCGGCGGGCCCGUCGGCGCCUGGCGCGCGCGGCGGCAACGGGGGCGCCGCGACGACGGCGACGGCGGCGCUGCUUGCGGAUGGCGGCGGCGGCGCCGCUGCCUCCGCGGCCGCCGCCACGGACCCUUCUUCGGGCACCGCUGUGGCGGCCGCCGCGAUGGCCGCUUCGGCGGCGUCGCUGCAGCAGCAGCAGCAGCAGCAGCAGCAGCAACAGCAACAGCAGCAGCAGCAGCAGCAGGCGCCGGGCAGCCCUCCGGCAACAUCGUCGGGUUCCCACAUAGCCCUGCACUGGCUGAGCCGCCCGCGGAACGUCUUGGUCAUGCGGAAGCUGGCCACGUCAACGGAGGGCGCGUUCAAGUCCGCGGUGGACUGGCUGACGGAGCGCCACAUCAACGUGUACGUGGAGCCGGCGGUCUACUCAGACAUGACCGCGCACCAGAAGCAGCUGCAGCAAGAGGAGCAGCAGCAGCAGCAGCAGCAGGAGCAGGAGCAGCAGGAGCAGGAGCAACAGCAGCCGCCCAAGCCAGGCGCGCCCACCGUCACCUUUGCACCCGCCGCCCCCGGCGCCGCUGGCCGCCACCAGGACCGCCCGCCGGGCGAGCUGCGCACCUGGUCGGUCGAGCCGGGGGCGCCCGGGGACUACCUGCCAGAGUGGCUGUCCAACACCCUCGACUUCGUGGUCGUGUUUGGCGGCGACGGCACCGUGCUGUGGACGUGCCACAUCUUCGGCAACCGCAGCAUGCCGCCGCUGGUGCCGUUCAACCUGGGCAGCCUGGGCUUCCUCACGCCGUUCGACCCCGCGGCGGCGCGGCACGUGCUCGGGCGCGUCGUGAGGGGCGGCUUCCCGAUCCAGCUGCGCCACCGGCUGCACUGCACCCUGGUGCGCUCCAGCGUACUGCCCCAGGCCCCGGAGGGACGCGGCGCGCGCCCCGGCAGCAGCGGCGCCCCCGGCGCCGGCGCCGGCGAGGCGCCCGGUCCCACCCCAGGGCCGCCACCGCAGCACGGCGGGCGCUGCCCGGCGCUGCCGGCGGCGCUGGCGGCGUUUGCGGAGGGGGCCGAGUGUCCGGCGGGCGUGUGCCUGGAGUCCGAGGAGCGGGUCGUGCUGAACGAGGUUGUCUUGGACAGGGGCAUCUCGCCGUUUUUGACCAACCUGGAGACAUACUGCGACGGCAACUUUGUGACACACGUGCAGGGCGACGGCCUGAUCGUGGCGACGCCCACAGGCUCAACCGCCUACAGCCUGGCCGCGGGCGGCUCCAUGGUGCACCCCCAGGUCCCGUGUGUGCUGUUCACGCCCAUCUGCCCCCACAGCCUCUCCUUCCGGCCGCUCAUGUUCCCAGACCACGUCGUCCUCUGCAUACGGGUGCCUCCAGGCAUCCGCAGCCAGGUGUGGUGCUCCUUUGACGGCAAGGAGCGCACCGAGCUGCGCCCCGGCGACGCCGUGCUCAUCCGCCUCAGCAAGUGGCCGCUGCCGACGGUCACCAGCGCCAACGACUCCAGCACGGACUGGUUUGUGUCGGUGCGCCAGAACCUCGGGUGGAACGCGCGCAAGGUGCAGGGCGGAGCGGGCCAGUAG